CCAGCCACGCACCCUGAGCCUAGCCUGAGCCAGCCAGCCAGCCAGCCAGCCAGGCCAGGCUCACACGACUCCCAGUCCCAGAACGCGGCCGCAGAACUUUUUCGCGAAAGUGCAUCUCGACUCGACCUGCAGCUCCAGCCAACGUCAACGACAUCCCGACCACGUACCGACCCCCGGCCAUUCGAGGCCAUCUGUGCUGGCCUAGAUUCUGUACCAUUUUCUUUUUCUCCGUGUAGCACAUUCGACCAUUCAAAUGAAGCGGUUACGGCCCUCACGAUGGAACGCAGGGCAACUGCUCCAGGCUCGUGCCGCCAGCGCACCUCUACCCCCUAGACGACCAUUCCUGCACCAGUGCCAAUUGCGAUGCCUCGAGACCGAAACGUCCCCCGCCGAGACGACGGCGAUACCGGCGAACAUGACAUCGAGCCUGGACGGCGGCGCCGGCGGCCCCAGCAGCAGCCGAUCGAGGAUAUCCCCUAAACUCUCCGCCCUCCACGCCCGUCUCUCUCUACCAAAGACCCUUCCUCUCCCCACCCUCGCCCGCGCUCUCAUCACCCCGUCCGCCAACAGAGACCACGGCGCCAACAACAAGAGCCUGGCCGUCCUCGGCGUCUCGAUCAUCAACUACCACGUCACCGAGUACCUGCUCUGCAAGUGGCCCCGUCUGCCCAUGGGCGUCAUGUACCAGGCACUGCGAGGCUACGUCGGCCCCGAAUCGCUUGGCGAGAUGGCCAGGCGAUGGGGCGCCGAGGCCGCACAUGCCCCCGGCCCCGAGGUCGACCCGGGUCUGCUGCAGUGGGAGCCCACCAGGAUCGUGCCCGGGGAGAACUGGGGUGGUUACCUCACCCGGGAGGAGCUGUCAGGGUUCGACCGCAGGGCAGGCGACCUCGACGUCCACAACGGUCCCCAGAAGAUUGAGCAGUGGGAGAACCACGCGUUUGCCUCGUUCGCCCAGGCGCUGGUCGGGGCCAUCUACAGCCACAGCGGCCGCGAAGCCGCCAAGCAGUUCGUCGAGUCGCACAUUCUGAGCCGCCAGCUCGAGAUGGGCACGCUCUUCAAAUUCGUCAACCCCCUGCGCGAGCUGUCCCUGCUCUGCAAGCGCGAGGGGUUCGAGGCGCCGAUUGCGCGCCUCGAGUCCGAGACGGGUCGCAUGUCGCGCACGCCCGUCUUCCUGGUCGGCAUCUACAGCGGCAAGGAGAAGCUCGGCGAGGGUGCAGGGUCGAGUCUGCAGAUGGCGAGGAAGAAGGCGGCCAUGGCCUCGCUGAAGGCGUGGUACCUCUACAGCCCUGGGAAUAAAGUACGGGUGCCCAGCGAUAUGUUCAAGAAGGGCGCGGCGAAAUGGAGGGCGCCACACAUUGAUUGUGGUGAGGUGAUCACAUAAAGAAUCACGACGGGAACGACAAGGUCAUGUGUGUGUGUGUACAACAACAAGAUGUGAGAAGAUCUAGCCGUCGGGCAUUUUGCACGGUGCAUGGGGAUACCGGAGCAUGUCAAAUCUGUAUAAAUACAUUGUAGAGCAAGGAGAGA